AGCUGAUGCUUUAGGUGUGAGCAGUUGCAUGGGCAGGGCAGUCUCAGAGGCGGUGCAGCCUUCAUUAUUACAAACUGUUGCAGCUUUUGUUACUUUCAUAGGAAUUUGCCUGCUAAGCGGUGCACAUUCACUCCAUGCAACAUUGACUUGGGGAGCUCAUUACCCUGUGGAUGUCCUACCAGUCAUCAUAAGGGAUUAUUAUGAACACUUUUGGGCAGCAGACCUCUAACCCCCACGCACAGGACCUACUGGAUAUGGCAAAGUACUAUGAUCAUUUCAACCAUUAUCACCAGCAGCAGAACCAGCAACUGGCUCAGCGACCAGCAGCUCCCCCUGCCCCCGGAUAUGGACUCAACGAGUUCUCACCCCCCACGGCCAACCCAUACCUGUGGCUGAAUGGACCUGCCAUCAACUCCUCACCUUAUCUCAAUGGGGGCAGUGGUUCCCCUUACUUCCCAACAGGGUAUGGGGGUGGCCAGAGGCAGUUCCUUCCACCUUCCUCUGGUUUUGGGGUGGCUGAUUUCCCUUGGCUUUCCAUUCCAAACCAAGCAGACUUGUUAAAGAUGGUGCGCCCCCCAUACUCAUACUCCUCCCUCAUUGCCAUGUCUAUCCAGAACACCCCGGACAAGAAGCUGACCCUCAGCCAGAUUUAUAACUACGUGGCUGAAAAUUUCCCCUUUUAUAAGAAGAGCAAAGCCGGCUGGCAGAACUCCAUCCGCCACAAUCUGUCCCUAAACGACUGCUUUAAAAAAGUGGCCAGGGAUGAUAAUGAUCCAGGAAAAGGAAAUUACUGGACGCUGGAUCCAAACUGUGAGAAAAUGUUUGACAAUGGGAAUUUCCGAAGAAAGCGGAAAAGGAAAUCGGAGAUCGUCGGAGCAGGAUUCGAUGAGGAAUCCAACGAAGACAAGAAGCCACUUGCUCUGAAAUCCUUGGGGCCAGACAGCCCUGGAGGAGCUUCCGUUGUGCUUGAGCAGAGCAGUUACACCGCCCCCGAGGGCAAGAACAAGUCACCCGUGGGCUCAGUGGCCCGGGACAGCAGCCACUGUUUCACUAACUUUGCCUCCAACAUGAACGCACUGAUCAAUAGUAGAGCCCCCAGGCAGUUUUCUGCUGGACAUGGAGACUUCUCCAACUCAAGACAUUAUUUAGCAGAACUCGCUUCUUGCCCCAUAUCCAGCCCACCAAUCUCUGAAGCCCAGACCAAAGUCGCCUGUUACCCCUCUAAGCAACAGAACAGCCUCUGCACUUCUGUCCUGAAUCCCUUCAGCCUGAACCACGUGUACAGCCGGGAGGGGGAGGUCUGACGCUACUUUUUAAACAAGCAGAUUUGAUUGUGAUGUCAUUUCUGCUCUCCUAGGGGUGUUCAGCCAAUGGGCUUUUUAAGUUUUGCUGCUUUUAAUGAUGUAAUCCAAUGACUUUCAAUAUUAAUAUCCAUAGGCAAACUGACCACAAACUGUGCAGCUUGGGUUUUUUGCAGCCAGUAUGGGUAUGAUGAAGCACUCGUAGGGUACAAGGGGCAGAGGAGAACAUGAUUUUUCGUUUUUAAACUGUUUUUAUAUCUUUUUUUUUUUUUAGUGAUUAAUGCAAAAAUAUUGUCAGUUUGUCAUUGUUUCAACUACUGAAUUUGAAUAGGGAGGGUGGAAUAAAACUUUUGACUGAC